CCCCCGUUCACCAUGUUCCUCAGCACCGUGGUCAACUUCGUCCGCGGCGCCUCCCGGCGUCCUCUCCUGUCCAAGUAUGGCCCGCGCAACUUCUACAAGGGUGUUGGCGCCCACUCUGUCGGUAAGGUCGACAACAAGGGUCGCUUCCGCGUUGAUUUCACCAAGAUCACCCAGUACAUUGUGCCCGACCUCAACGGCUUCGCGCUCAAGCCCUACGUCAGCCAUGCCGCUCCCAAGACCAAGGUCAAGCCCCCCACCGUCGAUGACUACCUGGCCCUCUUCCGCGGCCCGCGGUAAGGCCGGCCCCUUGGCGCCCAUGUUGGCGCAAGCCCCCCUCGUCCCGGACACGCGAGGCUUCUUAGACCUCCCCUCGCACUCUGUCCCCCGCCCCCUCCCCUUGUCCUCCCUUUCACACCCCAAUGUACAUAUAUGCACACGCACACACGCAGAGACACACGAAGACAUAAACACACUCUCCCUA